AUGGAUUACACCAAGCGACGGGAGAAUUAUCGAGCCGUAUUAGCUGGAGAAGUGUGCGUGCACCCUGGCUCAGUAUUUGAUCCCAUUUCCGCACGAAUCGCUGAGGAUCUGGGUUUUGAAGUGGGUAUGUUCGCCGGCUCCAUCGCCAGCGGCACGGUGCUGGGAGCCCCCGACUAUGUGGUGCUGACGCUGAGCGAAUUUGCUGAGCAGAUUUACCGAAUUUGUCGGGCCGGCGAACUUAGCCUGAUGGUCGACGCCGACCACGGCUACGGAAAUGCGCUGAACGUACGCCGCACCGUUGAAGAACUGGAAGCCGCCGGAGUGGCGGCCCUUACUAUCGAAGACACCUUGCUCCCCAUGGCCUUCGGAGGCAGCGACGGCGACGGUAACCUCAUUCCACUGGAAGAGGGCGUCGGCAAGAUGAAGGCGGCAUUGUCUGGACGUACCGACCCCAACCUCGUGGUCGCUGGACGUACGAGCAGCAUUCGGGUUAGCGUCGAUGAGUGCAUACGGCGGGUGAAGGCGUACGAGGCCGUUGGCGUGGACGCAGUUUUCCUGGCCGGUGCGAGUACCAAGGCGGAGGUGGCGGCGGUGAACGCCGAGGUCAAUAUCCCGUUGCUGCUGGGCGGUGCCACCGGUGAAUUGACCGACAAGGAGUGGCUCGGCGCUCAUGGCGUACGGGUGGCAUUGCAGGGGCAUCUGCCUUUCCAGGCCGCGAUCAAAGCAGUGUACGAUACGCUCAAAGCGUUGCGUGACGGCGUUGCUCCGGGAGACUUGCGGGACCAGCUGGCUUCUCCGGAUUUGAUUGCCCAGGUUACGCGCAGGGCCGAAUACGACCAGCAGAUCGCCGAUUACCUGCGUUAG